CUGUAGCAUUCGUUAUGUAGUUGAACGUGAAUAAUAUCGUAAGCACACGACGUCUAGCAAUAGACCGGACCACUAUUAUCGCCUACAAUGCCUGGAUGGGCGGAAGCAACAGCUGCACAGAAGCUCUCCACACACGAUUACUCAUGCACAUUGCACGACGACUGGUGUAUCGGAAGCGUUCCUAACGGUGGCUACGUUACUGGGUGCAUACUCGAAGUUGUCAAGACCCACUUUAGCACCUCGCUGGCGAAGCAAAACCAGCCGCAUACUAUAGCUUUACAUGUCGAAUUCUUGCGGCGGACCGGGGCUGGCCCUGCCAUCUUCAAAGUAGAAGAUGUCAAGCUCGGCCGCCAAACAUCAGUUGUGCACGUAAGAAUGGAACAGGAAGGUCGCCAGGAGAUCAUUGCAUACGCUACGAACUCAAACAUCGACACAGAGGAAGGGUUUUCGUUUGAUACGAAGUACACUCUAUCGCCGCCAGUCCCAUCUGUUGAUCUUUCAAAACUGGAUCAGGGUGUCGAUCCGAACUGGAUUAAAAUUGCAGAAUUACCAUAUGCAAAGUUCAGAAAAGCGACCGCGAAAGUUGUCUUCCACUUCCCUCGGGACGGACAGAAGGCACUAUCCACUGCCGAUGAGUGGCUCUGCUGGUCAGACGGAACUAACUUCACCAACUCAUCCAUCGGUUUCGUCGCGGACAUGUUUCCCCAGAUCGUCGAGUCUUUUCGGUAUGAGGGUCAAGGUCCGUUUUGGUAUCCGACUUUGUUGUUGAAUCUAGACAUCAAGAAAUCCCUGCCACAAGAGGGCGUCAAGUGGUUGCAAAUCAGAGUAGAGAUGAAGAGGAUCAAGAAUGGGAGGCUGGAUUUGGAGGUGUACGUGCAUGAUGCUGAAGGAGAUUUGGUGGCAUUGAGCCAUCAUGUUGGGUUUGUCCUCGACGCGUCGAGGAAUACUGCUGCAAGGAGAAAACCAGACGCCAAGAUAUAGAUACAAGACAGAUCGUUUUAGGAGGGUAGAGCAUAUAUAUGUGCGUAAAGGCUUUUAUAGAGACUAUAAGAAUACUACUAUAUUACACAAGGUAGAAAGCGUGUCACUUAGGAUGCAUGAAAGGAUGGUUUCUGACAUAAGAGAGUGCUUAUUGAAGUUUGGAAAAGAAAAGGAAUGUGGCAAGCAUGGAUUUCAGAGAGGUGGAGAGGUUGAUGCGUUGAAAAUGGAC